AUGCAAUUGGUCAUUGGACUUGCGAAUGUAGUAAUAACAAUUCUGUGCACGUCAAGUGUAUAUGCUUGGAUUAAGACGCCAUUGCGAACUGAUUCAUGGAUAGAUUCUGGUGAAGUCCUGGAUCUCGUGGGGUUCGGAAGCCCAUCUGUAAGGCCCCAACUCCCAAGGAUGAUUCUGGUGAAGUAUGAGAUGUCAUGUGGACCGGAAGCCCAUUGGUAA